AUGGCUCUGCACGACGGCCCCGUCAACUGGCCGCUCUUCUUCGGGUCGAUCCUCGUCGGCUUCGGCCCCAUCGCCGCGCUCUUCUUCGUUGUCAUUGCCAAACGCGCGCAGCUCGUGAUCAUCGCGCUCAGCGGCGCGUUCGUGUGGCUCGUGGCGAUCCUCGUGACGGCCACGUUCUGGCAGAUCAUUCCGCCGCUCAAGACGUCGCUCACGGCCACAAUUGUCGUGGCCGUCGUCGUCCAAGAAGCGUUUCGGCUGCUGUUCUUCUCCCUCUACACGCGCACGGAAGCGGCGGUCAAGCGCGUGACCACGUCGGCGCACCAGCUGCCGCUCAACGACGCGACGUCGGCGCUCGCAGGCGGCGUGGGCUUCUCGCUCAUGCACGCGCUGCUCAUGUUCGGCAGCCUCGUUGGCUCGUCCACGGGCUCGCGCGGCGCGGCGUUCUCGAUCUCGUGCGAGAGCGUACCGCUCGUCUUUUCCGCUGCGCUGUCGGCGCUCGCGCUCACGGCGAUGGACGUGACGCUCAUGAUUGUCGCCUUUGAGGGGUACCGGAACCGGUCGGUGCUGGCGACCGCUGCUGUCUUUGUCGUCCACAUGGGCGUCGCCUUGUCGGCGCUGGCCAACAUGGACACGAACGGCUGCUACGUCUCGAUCCCCGUGCACUAUGCCGGUGCGGCGCUGGCCUGUGCGUGCGCGACAACGACUGUCUGGCGCUCGAAGAAGCUCGCUCUGGACGCUAAAUAA